AUGAUAAUUGUCAUUGUCAAAGUAAAACGUCAAAGCUCUACAAUUUUUUUGAAUGUUGAAAAUAAAUAUAACAUUAGUAUUUACAAUAAUUUUACAUUAACAACAUUUGUAUCCAACAUUGUCAAGUUGGUGUUCCUUGUUUUGAUUCACAUUGACGUGUUCACAUUCACCAGGAGCAAUGGUGAGAUUAUACUCAUUGGCAGUCCUUUACAAGGGCGUAAACAACGCUACAGUUUUAAAGGCAUCAUA